GAACGUGCUCGCUCACACUCACUGAGCGAUCCCGCCUCGGCUCCAGGCGUCUAUCCCACCCGGCCAGGUACUACAAUGCCUUGACCUUUUAUCUCCUCAUCUGCCCUGUCGAAGCCAUUCCGCAUCGCUUCUUCUGCAUAUCAUCUCCCCUCCCGCCCAGUUCCUCCCUAAAGGCGUUUCGGCCGUUCUUAUCCAUUGCAGCUGUACUCGCACACGUCAUAUCCCGCCAACCGCCUCCCAGGCACCGCCCGUUUCGCUCGACUGACCGCCCCUCUUUGAUCCGAGUGAGGCUCGCCCAGCAGCCGGAAAGCUGAGGAACCUCAGCCAUGUUCUCAGAGUACGCUUCGAGGUUCCUGGCUCAGUCGCAGUCCCGCCUUUCCAACUUCCAAGGCCAGCCCGACAACGAUACACCACCAAGUAGUCAGCCAGGCGAAUGGCAACAUAGGGCAUCGAGGAAUGGGCAUGGGCAUGGGCAUCGGUCUUUUCUGGGCCGUGGCACAAACCCUUAUCAGCCCGCUUCCUCGCGAUUCGGGCACCUUAGCUUCGCGUCCCGGCUCGCGACCCCUCAGGAUGCACCCCUUUUCCACAGUACCAGGGACGAGCUAAGGGAGGAAGAAGACGAGGAUGAGAGAGACAGAGAGGCCGCGGAUCUAUAUGCCCUUCAGAGGUCGCGUAGGGUCUUCCAGGCAAGCCGGCUGGAAGAAAGCACAGAGCCCGAGGAUGAGGGUGGCCCCGCAUCACUCGAGCACAGCGAGGAGCAGCAAGACAGCCGGGCAUUUUUCGAACGUGGGCAGAACAGGGGCAUAAAGAGCAGCUGGAAUGGGCCGAGAAGCAGUUUCGCCCGCGCCGCCAAGAGCCGCAGUGGUCUCGAGGCCAAUCUCGAGAGGGUGGUUUCCAACAACAGUAGCAACUCGUCUGCCAAGGGAAGGAUGGAGGAUGUCGGUCUGGAGUCGACAAUAGCCGACAGCGAGCCACCAGCUGACCUGACCAUGGAGCAGUCCACUGACGACGCCCCUGCCUUCCAAAGGCUGAAGGGCUACAGUGCCGCGGCUCGUGUGCCAAUACGACGAGACUCCACAAUGGAGUCUGAUUUCGGCACCUCUCCUUACGAUGACCGACCGGACCUUGCACCGCCAGCACCAGAGGGCGAGCUCUUUAAGCACGACGCCUUCUUUGCCUGGGUCUAUCUCAUCGCCCUCGCCUCGAUGCUAGCCACCUUCAUUCUGUUGUGGCUCCAUACUUCCGUGCCCAGCAGGAAGAAGCCCCUAGGCGACACGAUAUAUACCGUUCUGCGAUCGUCUUUCCACCUACUGGCCGUGGACACCUUGGUGGCAAUGAUUGUCUCGUUCGUGUGGCUCGCCGCCUUGCGAUACUUCGUUCGGCCCCUGGUUGGCUUGAUUUUGGUUGCCGUCCCGGCCGUCAUGCUGUCUUUCUCUAUAUAUCCAUUCGUAUCCAGCUUCCAGGGCGAAAAGCACGGUUCGACUGUACAGGAUGUUGUCAUGCGGUGGGCUUCAACUGUGCCCGGUCUCUUUGCGAUUGUAUGGGUCUACAUGGUAUGGAAAGGACGUCAUGCGCUCGGCUCGGCCAUCGCGAUCCUCGAAUUCUCCAGCCGGAUUUUGGCCGCGAACAGCGCUCUGGUACUCGUGGGCAUGGGCACCCUCGCCUUGAUUGUGUGCUGGACGUGGGUCUGGUUGGCCAUGUUCACGAGGGUUUUCCUCGGUGGCUCCUACUCAGGUGCCGUGUCCAGGUUUAUCCUCCAAGCGUCGAGUUGGUGGCUGGGCAUCUAUUUCCUACUGAUGUACCUAUGGACACUGUCCAUGAUCUCGGGUGUUCAGCGGGGGACGACUGCAGCGACGGUCUCACAGUGGUACUUCCAUCGUAACGCAGUACCAGCCGUUGCUUCUCGUGAGAUUGUGGCUGCUGCACUGAACCAUUCCAUGACCACCAUCUUCGGGACCAUAUCGCUGUCCACACUUUUGGCCCUGGUGGUCCGGAUGCCCCUACUCGUCCUUCACCGGCGUGUCGCAAGCAUUAUCACCGCUUUCUUCUAUACCUUCAUCCCGACCUCGAUCGUCGCAAUGACGAAUCCCCUGACGCUCACAUAUGCAGCCAUCCACUCCCAGCCUCUCGUGGACUCGGCCCGUGGUCUCAGCCAGAUGGACUUCCUCGGCCCACAAGCUCCGACGACGACCCUGACCCCACGCGCAUUCAGGCAAAGAGGUAGCGCGCCGCUGCUCCCUUACCGUCUGGCGAAGCUGCUGCUGCAGGCUACCAAGUUCAUCAUGGCUACAGCUUUGGGCUUCGCGGGAUGGGUGAUGACCGCGAGGCAGCUUCCUGUCUCUGGGCCCGACGGUAGUCCGGGACUCAAGGGCAGUGCGUAUGCCUACGUCGUUGGGCUGGUGGCAAGCUUCAUCGGCUGGGGCAUACUCGGUGCCAUGGAGGGCAUCCUGAGCUCCAUCGUGGAUGCGGUGGUGAUAUGCUAUGGCAGCGAGACGAAGAUGGCCAGUGGAGGUGGCGGGUACUGCAUGGAAGCCGCGCAGUUGUUUGGUGGGCGAGGAAGAAGACAAAAUUGGGACGAGGCCUCGGAAUAUUGACGAGCCCAGUGUUCAGGCGGAACAGGGGUGGUAAAGGCACCGUGCAAGUUGUGCAAGUUAUAUUACAAUUCACGAAGGACAGCUCAGGCAGGAACAAUGUUUUGGAUUGAGGGAGCGAGGCGUUUUUUUGUGUAUUUUAUUUUGGGGCCUAUGAUCCUCUGGUCUCUUCAAUGGUCGACAUGGUCAACGGCGAAUACCCCCCGGCGAGGGAUGUCUCCAGGAUAGACGUCUAGACUGACAUAGAAGGGUUUGCAACAGCACAGUAAAUAUGAGUCUUCAAGCACCCACUGAGGUGCCGUCCAUUCCUUCA